AUGUUGGAAAAGUUACAAACCACAAGCGGAGCUCAGAUUGCAACUCAAGACAGGAAGCCUGUGGAUAUUUACUAUUCAAUGAUUUUUAAAAUUGGCUACGUGUAUAUGCAACCCUGCAUUUGCAUAAUUGGUUUUGUUCUCAACAUUAUAAAUUCCUACAUAUUUUGCCGUAAAACCUUUUCCUCAACUCCAGCAUACAUGCUGGUUUCAGCGCUCUCGAUAACCGAUGCCAUUACACUAGGACUGCGAAUUCCUCAAGGUCUAACUCAGUAUGUCAUAAAAUUGUUUUCUUUCCAUCACUUAGCAACUACGGAAAAGCAUCGUUAUCGAGGAUCACAAACAGCCAAAACAAUAGCAAUAAAUGCGUACAUUUAUGCUACCUAUGCUGAAAUACCAAUUACAAACAUGACAGAGAAUAUGAGUGCAUGGCUAACCGUUUGCCUGGCGCUUGAACGCUACGUCGCAAUGAGACACUGGAAUUUUGCUCGACAGUACUGCAAUCGACGUAAUGCCACACGUCUUAUAAUUGGCAUUGCUGCUGUAUCUAUUAUUUUCAAUCUCCCCUACUUCAUGAUUCAUCGGAUUAAUGUCCAAAGAUCGCAAAACGGUACCUUAAAAGUUACGUCUUCUGUGACUGCACUCAAACGCUCCAAAUUCUACGCCAUUUAUUCCUGGUUUCGCAUGGCCACAGUUCAAAUAAUUCCUCUUGUAGCACUGUGCAUUCUUAAUGUCCUCCUAAUAGCUAUUGUCUAUCAUCACAACAAAAAGUUGGAUAAGAAAUCGGAGCUUGAACGUAAUAUCAAUAGAUUGUCUUUGGGAGGUGAUGUUCUAACCUCAGAGGAAGGCUGUAUUUCAGAUCCGAGUAAAAAUGAAGUAAUCGGUAUUCAACAGCAACCCCCAAAUACAUUUCAGAAGAAGAGAAACGCACAAAGAAAGCUAAAUAUUCUACUGAUAGCCGUGAUACUCCUCUUUCUUUUUGGUGCUAUUCCUCAAGCCUUCUCCUAUGCCCGCAUUUUCGAAGUGUUUGGGAUUUGUAAGGAGGAUUUUCAUAAUUGUAGAACCUAUUCCAUUUAUCGUAUGGUGACAACGAACAUCGCUCUGAUAAGCUACGGACUAACUUUCUUCUUGUACAUAUCCCUUAACCGGCAUUUUCGAAAUGAGCUGGCAAAGUGUAUGCCUAUUUGUAUUAAAAAGUUGUAA